AUGUCACUAAUCACCGAGGACAAGAUCAUCAUCAUCUUGACCGUCCUUCUGGUCGGCUGGCUUGUCAGUCUCGUCCGCACCAUCUUGCGCCCUGGGCUUCGUAAAGUUCCCGGCCCUUGGUUGGCAAAAUUUACACAAGCCUGGCGUAUCGGACUCGUGUGGAAAGGCAAUGCCCACGAGGAGUAUAAAUCGCUUCAUGACAAGUAUGGCCCGAUAGUUCGGACCGCGCCCAACGUGGUUGACAUAUCGGACCCGACCUCAAUAGCAAUUAUCUAUGGCAUCAGCUCCAAGUUUCUCAAGUCGCACUUUUAUCAGACCUUAUCAGUCUUGUACCAGAACGAGGUGAUGGAUAGCAUGUUCACAACCACCGAUCCCCAAGAGCACAAGGCUCUCAAGCGACCGGUGGCUCAGAAGUUCUCAAUGUCUUCGCUGCGGACACUGGAAUAUCUUGUCGACCCCUGCAGCGACAUAUUCGCAAAAGCCAUGCUCGAUUUGCAAGGACAAGUGGUUGAUCUAGGCGAGUGGGCUCAGUGGUAUGCCUUUGACGUCAUUGGGGCAAUCACAUUCUCCCGACGUUUUGGGUUCAUGGAAAAUCGCAAGGACGUCAAGAAUAUCAUCUCGGGCAUCGAGUUGGGGCUCGCAUAUGCGGGAAUUAUUGGACAGGUGCCAUCGCUGCACCGAUAUCUUCUGGGCAAUCUUACCUUGAAAAGGAUCCUCGGCCGACUCGGGGUUCUAGAUCCGAUAGCCAUAACAACAGAGAUGGUUUCAGAUUGCAUCAAAGAGUACGACUCGCAGCCCCAUUCAAGCGAACGAGCAGACUUCCUGGCCUACUUUCGGCAGGAACAAAAGUCGACGGGCCAGCAAAUGAGCCAACGAGACUUGAUGAAUCAUUUGAUGAACAAUCUAUUGGCUGGCAGCGAUACCACUGGGAUUUCCCUGAGAUCCAUCUUUUACUAUCUGCUCCACGAUAAGUCCGCAUACAAGACUUUGCAAAAGGAGAUUGACGAGGCAGAUAGGGCGGGCAAGCUCUCUCCCACCAUCACCUUUUCUGAGAGUCUUGAACUGGAAUAUCUCCAAGCAUGCAUCAAGGAAGCUCUGCGCAUGCACCCUGCCGUGUCGUACCCGCUAGAGAGAGUAGUCCCUCCGGGCGGGGCCCGCUUGUGUGGAGAGUAUCUGCCAGGUGGCACCAUAGUCGGCGUCAACGCGGCCGUCAUCCACCGCGAACGUGACAUAUUUGGACAAGAUGCAGAUACUUUUCAGCCCGAGCGGUGGCUACACAGCAGCGAGGAACGCAUCAAGUUGAUGGACAGGCACAACCUGGCGUUUGGUGCGGGUGCGCGGACGUGCAUCGGCAAGAACAUCUCCAUCAUGGAGAUGUCCAAGUUCGUACCGCAGGUGUUGAGGCAGUUCGACCUAGAGUGGGCGUCGAGCGAGCCAGGGUGGAGGGUGAAGACUUAUUGGUUUGCUAAGCAGACGGGGUUAUUGGUGACAUGGUCCGCCCGGCCUGUGGAAGCUGCCGGUCCCGCCAUGCCGUUUGCACCUACAGCAGACGAAGGAAAAAACCUGGACCCCCUAAGGGCUGUCAGAGGUGGAGCAGAUCCUUUUCCGAUACCAACUCAACCAUUUCGUCAGGGAUUCAGGCACGUCGAGGCGCUCCGUCCUUGUUAUCAUCACUUGCAGAGGAGCGUGGUAGGCAUCACGAGGCCAUUGCUAACUCAAUCGACACUGCUGAUUCGGCGGGGUGGAUGCUGAUGGAUCACGAUGCCGUGGCAGAGUGGCCAUGGCGCGACAAUCCAGUCGGUGACGUCUCGCCAUACUAUCCGCUAGGCCAACCAUUUCCCAAAGACUGCCU